CAUAAUCUGCUCUAGUUUUUAGCUUGCCCUCCAUCAGUGACGAAUUCACACUUCCACACUACAAUUCCCCACCAUGGAUCUCUAAGUCCCCUUGCGGUGAGUAAUCUAUCGGUCGUGAUGGCUUCCUCAGCUUAAUUUUCUCUGGCGUGGGCCAUUAGGGGCUCUUAUCCGCUCGUAUUCUUGCGGCAACUGUGCCUGAAGUGAAGAAUAGUUGGAAACUCUGCUCAGUCGGAAGUGGGGACGUUGAGACCGAGGUGGCCGACCGCGAAAUGGCUGAGGAUUUGUAGACAGUUUUGAAGAAUUGUUGCGGCUGGAUUGGAGUGGUGGGUUGCAAUGGCGACCAAGCCCGGAGCGCUCACUGAGUACCCGUGGACUAGCCUCGGCGCCUGGAAGUACACAUUGUUCCUUCCUUUCGCAGCGAAAGCAGUGCAGACGAAUCUCCUCGGAGGCCAUGAGGUGGAUAACUGGUGCUUCCAUAUGCUGCUCUCCUCCGCCCUGCGUUACUUGCAUGGGCAAGCAUGGAUGAGUCUGUCCCGGUGUCACUGGCUCACGGGGAAAUACCGUAUUCAGACGAAGGGGAUUAACUUUGAUCAAGUUGACAGGGAGAGCAACUGGGACGAUUACAUACUUCUCCACAUAAUUACGGCGACUCUUGUGCACGAGAUCCUCCCUGGAUUUGCAAAUUUUCCUGUGUGGGACCUCAGGGGCAUUGCGAUUCUCCUUCUCUUGCACGCAGGCCCAACGGAAUUUCUCUACUACUGGCUUCACCGAGCGCUUCACCAUCACUUCCUCUACAACAAGUACCACUCUCAUCACCACGCCUCGUUCGUAACGGAGCCCGUCUCAGGCUCCGUGCAUCCCUUCGCUGAGCAUUUGAUGUACACCGCAACCUUUGCUCUUCCAUUUCUGGGGACGUGGGCUCUCGGGGGAGCGUCUAUUGGGAUGUUCUACUUCUACUGGCUCUUCUUCGAUUUCAUGAAUGCAAUCGGACACUGCAACUUUGAGUUUUUUCCGACUUGGAUGUUUCGUGUCUUCCCUCCUCUUAAGUAUCUGGUCUACACACCCACGUUCCAUUCAUUGCACCACUCUCAUGUGCACACGAACUUUGCUCUGUUCAUGCCUUUGUAUGACUACCUCGGUGGCACAGCUGAUAAGGUCUCGGACGAGCUCUACGAGCAAGUGCGGGAGGGCAAGCAAGAAAAGCCUGAUUUUGUCUUCCUAGCGCACGGCACUGAGUUGUUGUCGACGUUUCACCUCCCGUUCGGGAUCCCUUCUUUCGCUGCCUGGCCUUAUGCUCCCAAAUGGUUCAUCUGGCCUCUCUGGCCUCUCACGCUGCCGAUCCUGGCGAUUUUGUGGUUGUUCGGUAAGCCCUUCACCUCUGACACAUACAAGCUGAAACACCUACGCACUGAAACGUGGGUUGUGCCACGCUUCGGCUUCCAGUACUUCCUGCCGUUCGAGAAGAAGCGCAUCAACCGACUCAUCGAGCAUGCAAUUCUUUCGGCUCAGAAGAAGGGCGUACGAGUCAUUAGUCUCGGAGCUCUCAACAAGAAUGAGAGCCUCAACGGAGGAGGAACGCUAUUCGUCCAAAAGCACAAGGACCUGCGAAUCCGCGUCGUGCAUGGCAACACAUUGACUGCAGCAGUGAUUCUGAAUGAGAUCCCCAAGGACGUGAAGGAGAUUUUUUUGACCGGGGCAACGUCCAAGCUAGGCCGCGCCAUAGCGCUCUACUUCUGUCAUCGCGGUGUGCGAGUCUUGAUGUUGACUACUUCGCGAGAUCGGUUUGAGAUGAUCCAGUCAGAGCUGGCGCCGCAGCACCGAGAGAACAUGAUCCAGGUUACGAAGUACCAAGCGGGGCAGAAUUGCAAGAGAUGGGUAUUGGGAAAGUGGGCAACUCCCUCCGAGCAGAAGUGGGCGCCCCCUGGCACCCAUUUCCACCAAUUCGUGGUGCCACCUGUCAUGGAAUGUCGAAAGGAUUGUACAUAUGGGAAGCUGUCCGCAAUGCAAGUACCUAAAGAAAUGAAAGGGUUGCGCUCAUGCGAGAUGACAAUGCCUAGGGGUGUUGUGCACGCAUGUCACGCUGGAGGUUUAGUCCACGCUUUGGAAGGAUGGGAAUUCCAUGAAGUUGGAGCUAUCGAUGUUGGCCGCAUCGAUGAAACGUGGGCAGCGGCUUUGAAACAAGGAUUCAAACCUGUGUGUUGAGAUCAGAAUCAAGGCAUUUUGGUCCUGUAAGAACUUGAAUUCAGAAACGAAGCCAUCGAGUAGUUGUAAAAUGCUGAUAAUUAACGUUAGCCGACAUGACACCCACCCCACAGAAUUAUCCUCCGCGAAAUUGAUCGUUCGGCGGUAGCAAUGACCUAGGAUAUAUAAUGCUAGUUAAUUGUAGCAGCAAAUGCCAUCUGAGCAUACUGGACUCAUUCCAUUUUUCCUCUUACGAUUUCUUGCAGUUCCAGAACUUUGCAGCCUUAGGAUAUAGAAAAUGCGACGUUCAAAAUAUGAACGAGAAUAUUAUUGUAACACCAUUCACUUAUCAACGAACUCUUUUCAAAAAAGUCUACGAAAGA